GUCGGCAAAGGCUAUGAUGAAAAAUAUCGUUGUGAAUUCAUUCUGUGUUUGACCUCUAGAAGUAAACAUGUAUUCUAUUGUAGCUCUUCUUGCGUGUAUCGGUGCUGCGGCCGCCUCUAUUUGUUGUGUACCACCUCAAUGGGAGGGUACAACUUCCUUUGUGACAACCAUCGUACAUAAUGGAAAACCUAUUGUAUCAACAGGCUAUGUUUCGAUGGCUUAUGACGCUGUAAACAAAAAGAUUGGACAAUAUGAAUACAUCUCUAUGGGAGGCAAACCACAAAGAAGAUUAGGGGCUCUCUUAGAUUAUAACACGAACAUGAAGUACAUAAUCAAUGAUCAAGGAAAAUGUUACAAACAAGCUCUAAAUAGGAGGGCACAAGACUUCGGAGGUUGUAUCCCAGACAAUUCAACAAAGGUCGGUAGUAAAGAUGUUGUAGGUUUGGGAGACAAUUCGAUGACAGUUGACACAUUCCGCUUGGAUUACGGGGCAGUUGCCGCUUACAUUUCUGUAACAUCAGAUAGCUGUGUACCAGUGCUAGAGACAAUCCGAGGAACUCUUGAUAACAGUCCAUUUCUUCAAAACAUUCAUGUAUUGAACGUUACCGGCGGACUCAGUGCCCCAGAAAACUUAAAUGUUCCACCAGCAGGAUGCGAGGCCGCCACCAUGUUUAAUGCUCACUAUUCGAGCGGAGAUAUGCCAAAUACCAUAGGGCGUCGUUCAUUUUUCCUUGGAUUGUAAAAUAUUGAAAUAUACAUUUAUAAAUAAAUUUUGUCAUUGAU